UAAUAAAAAUCAUGCAAUUCAAUUAUUCCGACUGGCUCUUCUUCGCUUCAUUAACUACCCUUCUAUCAACACCUUUAGUUCAGUCAAUGAACACUUUCCGUCAGCACCACCAACGAAACAAAGAAUUGCAGGCUAGAAGGCAUACAGUCCACAGCCAAAAAAUAAUAAAUAAAAAUUUAUUUGCAAUUCUUCAACAACCAAAUACAGAAGAAAACAAAGUUUAUUUAAAUUUAGAAGAUGAAAAUAAAAAUAAAAUUUUGAAUAAUUAUGAAAUUGAAGAAACUAAAGCUGAAACUGAAGCAAAUAUGCGUUAUAAUACGGGACAUUGGAGUUGGAUGGAAAUGUAUUCGGUUAGAGAAGAGGUUUAUAUGUUCGCUUUCACCUACUUUGGACUAAUUACUGUUCUAAUGGUCUUGCUUCUAAUAAUAAUUUCUUGUUGCUACAUGUAUGAUUGUAUGGGAUGUUACGAUUCUAAGGAAAAAAGAAAAUUUGGGGAAGAUUUUACAAGCUCCAUUAAUGAAACAAAAACUUUGGAAUUAAAUUGGGUUGGAAGCAAAGAAUAUUUGUGUAAAACAAAGAAAAGUAGAAGAUGGAGUAUUUUGUAA